ACAAACGAUAAUCGCCACCUCUUUUUUUAAGCUGUCGAUGAUUUCAGCCCUCGUAUUAAAAGCAGGAAAGAUAUUAGGCGCCAAUUUUUCUCAUCAAUGGAUCAGCUGAUAUUGCUAGCUCAUAAUCAUAUAAAUUUCUAUACAAGUCUAAUAUCAGCAGAAACACGUUGAAAUAGAGAUGUUUAUUUUGAUACAGAUUUGUAUUGUAAGCGCACACAAAGUGCAAUUAGCGAAAGGAAAGGGAGGGUGUGGAUUUUAGUUCAAGUGAGACAUACACAGACGUGAUGUAAGAGCGAAAAUAAUGGGUAGAUUUAACACGUCUGCUUCUAAUAGCCUGUAUCAUGAUAUUAGAUUAUUUGUUUAUUUGUUUAUUUAUUAUUUAUUUAUCCAUAUUUUUUUUAUUUUUUUUAUUUUUCAUGCCUUUUUUUAAAUAAUCAAAUGUGUUUACUGGAGAAUCACUCAUUUCGUUAUGUUGGAGAUUGCGGGAAAAAAUCGAAAGAAUAGUCAAAUAUGUCAAUAGGAAGAAUUAUGUAAAGUCACAUCUUGCACUUAUGAGUAAUGUUGUUUUUUUCUCUUCUUCUGUUUUUUUUUUCUUUUUCUAAAAAGGAAAAGAAACAACAAUGAUCUUUAAAAUGUUUUUAUGUAAACACUUUGAGGCGUCUUGUAUUUGAUAUUUUAUGCAUGAAAUUUCGAUCUAAUUCCGUGUAUUUAAUUCUAAACUUAAAUUUUAGUUUUCAAAUAAUUUUUAUCACUUUUGGGAGCAACACUAUGUCAGUCGGAUGUGUCCUCAACUAAUGGAACAAUAUUCUGCACCUUUAUUGAGCACGUCUACAGUAAAUUUUAAAGCGAUAACUACUCAAGAGAAGUCCACGAGAGAAAUAGUACACCAAGAAAUGAGAGACGUAUCAGCAUUUGAAAUACUUCAUAAACGUCAAACACAGUAUAGACAAGAUCCUAACAUGGGACCAAUAUGGUGUACUGGUUCAUGUUGUAACGCGCAUGCGUGUAAACCGUCAUUAGUAACACGUCACCCGUCAAAUACAAACCAUUCAAUAACGUCAUUAACAUCACCGACAGUAAACAGUCGAAUUUUACCAACGCUCUCGUCAUAUUCUGUUUCGCACUCACCACCCUUUCAACCAAUAGCAAAAUCUUUAUGUAUGCCACAUUUAUGUUCAACCACGCCGUCUGGUGGCAGUUUACCCUUUUCAGCUGAGCAAAUAUCAAAAGUAUGCGAGACUCUGGAAGAAUGCGGCGAUGUGGAUCGACUUUCAAGAUUUUUAUGGUCGCUUCCCAACAACCCCGAAGUGCGCAAUUUAAUUAAUUCGAACGAGACUAUUUUACGGUCGCGAGCAGUCGUCGCUUUUCAUAACAGUCAUUUUCACGAGCUUUAUUAUAUAUUAGAACAUUUUCGAUUUAACAAGAAAUCUCACAGUAAGCUCCAAGCUAUAUGGUUGGAAGCGCACUACUUAGAAGCAGAAAGACUGAGGGGUCGUUCUCUUGGACCUGUCGAUAAGUAUCGUGUCAGGAAGAGGUUUCCUUUACCACGUACAAUAUGGGAUGGUGAACAGAAAACUCACUGUUUUAAAGAACGUACCAGAAAACUACUGAGAGAGUUCUACCUACAAGAUCCAUACCCAAGCCCAUCAAAGAAACGAGAUUUAGCUGACGCAACCCGUCUGACGCCCACCCAAGUUGGGAAUUGGUUCAAAAACAGAAGACAAAGAGAUAGAGCAGCUGCCGCUAAAAACAAGUCACAGAGAAGACAGCUUAAUUCAUCAUCAAAUGUUUCCUACGAAGAUGAUGAUAGCGAUAUUGAUGAAAUUUUAGAUGAAGCAGCAUCCGAUAGUGAGGAAGGAGAUCCGCGGGCUAAAAACACGGUAAACGAAGAAAAAUCGAAGCAAAAAUCAAGUUUUAUGGUUUCAAACAUUUUGCAGAAAGACGAUACAGAUGGUGAAAUAAAACUGAAAAAUUACUUUGAGAAACAUUUAGGUGGUUUCUUAUACAGCAGGUAGCAAAUAUAACCGGUGCAGCGACCGGUGCAGCAAACGAAACUAAAAACAGGGUUUUUACACCAGGUAGUAAAUAAAACUAGAAAAUCCAGGUGUUACAAACAUAUAGUAGUAUAUUUAUACGAAAGUUUGGGACGUGUUGAUAAAAUAGUAAUCAAAAUCCAUAGAUAUAUAAACAAUAUUCGAAAUUAUAAUUUAAUUUAGCAUUCUUGGUAUUUUUUUAUAGCUAGUCUGUCUUCUGUUUCCUUAAACUUACACUUCGUAUUUCAAAUAUAAUCAAAAGUUUAUUUUUUUCACUUGAUAGCUAAAUUCUAUUUGUCAUAAGAAAACGAUCGAGCUCCUCUUUGCGAUUGUGACACUUCACAUGUGCAAUGUUUGGCGGGAAAAGACAACGAAACAAACAUUACACAGAACGCUCAAAAAUAAACGAAAACGUAAAAUUUUAUAAAUAGAAAA